CCAACAGAGCAUCCGAACGUUGGCGUUUCCCUGUCCGGUGCUUUGCCCCCCCCCCUCACUUCCACCAACCAGGCAAAGCAGGAGGCGCAGGGCGACGCUGCUGCGCGUGGAAGCGCUGCGGAGGGGGAAAAAAAAAAAGUUUGCAGGAAGCAGCUUCCUCCGAUUCCCAACUUCUGCCUUGACAGAUCUCGGAGGAGGAGGAGGAGGAGGCGGCGGCGAGGGAGCAGCGCGCCCCCGGUUCCUGGCCGGAGGCUUCUCGGAAGGGAAUCCCCGUUUUCCAAGCCUGCGUGGUCAUUAAAAGGCUGGACAACUUUCAAAGAAUCCCCAUUAAUCCUUUUCUAAGAUCAGCGCGGGUACAAAGCGCGGCUGAAAGGAGAUAAUUGCGGAACUUAAGGCGUGGCAAAAAUGACUUCAUAUUGUAUCCUUCCAGCAUUUGCUUUGAUGAUUGGAUGUUUAGCAUUUCCAGGUCCUGUGCCUAGAAGUGGCUGUCUAUUGUCUCAGGUCAACAGUUCACAUCCAGUCCAAGCCUUGCUAGAAAGUUUUACUGUCUUAUCUGGCUGUGCAAGCAAAGGAACUGCUGGGUUGCCACAAGAAGUUCACAUCCUCAACGUUAGGAAUUCAGAAGAUUUUGGCCACCAUGAAAGAGAGGUUGUUUUGCAUUUGAAUCCAAUUGCUUCAAUGCAUAUUCAUCAGAAACCAUUGGUGUUCCUCCUGAACUCUCCUGUGCCUCUAACAUGGAAAGUGAAAACAGAAAGGCUCGCUCUGGGGAUUCAGAGACUUUUCAUUCUUUCAGCAAGCUCCACGGUGCAGUUUGAGAAGGAAGACUUCUCCUUGACAGCAAAGAGAGAAGAGAAACCCCUUCCUCAAGGAAAUAAGCAUCUGUUAGAGUGGGCUGAAAAGGAAUAUGGAGCAGUAACAUCCUUCACUGAAUUUAAAAUAUCCAGGAACGUUUACAUAAAAGUGGGUGAAGUUCAAUUUUUUCCUACAACAUGCAAUAUAGAAAAGAACUUUAUUUCUUUAAACUACCUUGCGGGAUACCUACAACCAAAGACAGCAGAAGGAUGCAUUAUCUCUAGUGUGGCUCAGGAUAAAGAAGUUCAUAUCAUUGAACUUAUUGCACCUGAUUCAAACAGCGCUUUCCAGGUGGAUAUCAUCAUUGACAUCAGACCAUCUCGGCCAGACACCACACUUGUCAGGGAUCUUGUACUUAUCCUCAAGUGCAGAAAGUCUGUCAACUGGGUCAUCAAAUCCCAUGACGUACAGGGGAGGUUAGAAGCCAUUACAUCAAAUGGUGUUGGCUUUGGAAAAGAAACUGAACGCUCUAUGGCAAUGAGUAAAACCAUAGUGUUUGAUAUGCCUUCCUCUCAUGAGAAUUUGAUUGCCUGGGCUUAUGACCAUGGCUACUACCCAGUUAUUACUUACACAAAAGCACCUCUUGCUAAUAGAUUUCACCUACAACUCGUGGAUGCAGAAGAAAUGAAUGAUGAAGAAGAAGACGAUUUCCUUCCACCAGAGCUGAAGGAUCUGCUGCAUGGCAUUAAAUCCCCUCCAGCCUCACGUUUGAAUGAAGACAUGCGUUUCAGUUUUCUUCAUGAGAACAACCAAGGCUCCUUGCCGUCAGCCGAUACUGUUGACCCAAUCAUGGCCAGCCAUGGUUUUGAACAGCUUCUUCCAAAAGACCCAGAACCAGAAGAAGUGCAGGGUAGUGUUGAUGUUGCCAUGUCUGUGAUAUGUAAUGAUACGUCCAUGAUGGUAGCUGUAGCAAAAGACUCACUGGAGGCUAGCGGUUUCAUUGGGACACAGCUCUCUCUGCUGGAUCCUAAUUGCAGAGCUAAAACAAACAGGACCCAUUUUAUUCUGGAGUCAUCUUUGCAUGAAUGUGGGACCCGACAGAUUCCCUAUCCUUUGGAUAAUGUCGUCUAUCUCAACUCUAUUGUUAUCCAGGUGUCACCAUCAACUGAAGCUAGUGGUUGGCUGGUUGAUUAUGAAGACAUGGAAUCGGGGGAUAACGGUUUCCCUGGGGACACAGAUGAAUCAGAUAUCACCUUUUUCAGUCGGCCUGUAAUUGUUGUGUUCAAUUGCACAUUCCAUCAACCCAGAGAUUCAAAGGUUUCCAAGUUCUGGCCACCUGAAAUACGUGUUGGCAAUGCCACCUUUGGAAUGGAACUCUACGAGACGGAGCUUUUUCGUACUCCAGUUCAAGGAUUCUUCUCUGUCGCAGACAACAGCCAGAUUUUUGUUGAGAUUUCUCUGACAAAGGCUGAAAGAUCCCUGGGCUUUAUAAUCCAAACUUGCUUUAUUUCACCAAAUUCUUAUCCUGACCGAAUGUCAGAAUAUACCAUUAUUGAAAAUGUUUGUCCUAAAGAUGAGUCUGUAAGAUUCUUCAACGUUCCGAAAACUAAUUUUCCUGUACCAAACGCACAUACUGACAAAAAGCGGUUUAGCUUCUUAUUCAAAUCCACAUUCAACAGCUCUCUUCUCUUUCUACACUGUGAGGUGACCUUAUGCACAAAAAAAGAAAAAGAUAUUCCAGGAUUAGCUCAGUGUAUCCUUCCAGAUGAAGCUUGUACCUUUCUUAAUAUUGAUAUGAUCUUUGCAAUGAUGCAGAAUAAGAAAACCUUCACCAAGCCCCUUGCUGUGAUAUCUAAAGGGAAACCAGAAGAUAAAUCCUCCCACUUGAAUCCUUCUGAAGGAUCAGCGUCUGUUGUGUAUGGCCUGGACACGCUGACAGUUGUGGGAAUUGCCUUUGCAGCUUUUGUGAUAGGUGCGCUGCUGACAGGAGCUUUAUGGUUUAUCUAUUCUCGCACAGGAGAACCAGAAGGAAGGCAGCAGGUUCCCACAUUGCCACCACCCUCUGAAAACAGCAGUGCAGGCCACAGCAUUGGCAGCACACAAAGUACCCCCUGUUCCAGCAGCAGCAGGGCCUAACACAGGAGGCAGAGUGGAAAUGCAUGCAGCAACAUUGGAGACCCGAGGUUCAAAAACAGCUGUUUGUUGCCUUUUGCUUCCAUUGGUUUGGAUUCUUUGGCAAAAUGAGAAGGCAUUUCCUUCUUUUCUCAGCUUUUUCCGGAUAAACGCGGUCCUUGAAUCUCCCGCCGCAUGCUAAAACUACACGUGACGGAGCUACUCGUUUUGUGCGGCUGUGGACCGAGUACAAAGGUCCACGCGUUCUCAAUGUGAAACACAACUUCCCCCACCCCACCCCCCUGUAAAUGCUGCUUUGUCUCCAGAGAAUCCCAGGGCUGAGUUUUGCAAACGUGUAGGAGACACCAAGUGUCGGCAAAAGGGAUUUCAGUCUCAUAAGCUGGGGAAGGGGUUUUGUUUUGUUUUGGUUUUUUUGUUUUUCUUAACCUCCCUCGCUCCCCCACCCCACUGGGCACAAAGGCAGGGUGGUUUCAAAUGCCGCAUUUGAAACUGAUUUCCUCCGAUCCGCAUCGCAGGUCACCGUAGCUGUGCCACUGUGUAAUUGUUGAGCUUGACUUCGGAAGGCCUUUUGCCCCGGGUUGUGCUGUUCUCCAUUGAAGGGAUUUGUAUCCACUGAAAGCAGCAUACAGGGGCUAAAAAUACAUGUUGGUUAGAUAUUUGUAAUUACUUGUCUUUCCUUCUCAUAUAUCCAAAAGCUUGCUUGAAUACUUAGGGUAGCUUUAAGGGUCGCUCCAUUUCCCCCCCCUCCCCCCCUUAUUGAGAACUACUUUUUUUUUCCCCAGGACGGAGCAGCUAGUCUCACCCUUGUAACCUAAGAUUUUGCUACAAGGCGCUCUUUGUAUCCUGCAUGCUUUUCACCUGCUCUUUGUCUUGUGGCGAUUUGCAUUAAGCCCUCACAUGGUCCUGUCUCACAGCCUUGCUUCGUGAAAGGCAGGGGUCCUCAGGCCAUGGAUUGGUACCGGUCCAUGGCCUGUUAGGAACUGGGCCACACAGCUGGAGGUGAGCGAGCGACGCUUCAUCUGUAUUUGCAACCACUCCCCAGUACUAACACCACAUCCUCCACUCCACCUCAUAUCAUCAGGUAUAAGAUUCUCAUAAGUGCGCAAACCCUUCUCUAAACUGCGCAUGCGUCGGAUGUAGGUUGCACGCUCCUCCCCCCCACCCCAGUCCGUGGAAAGAUUGUGCUCUACAAAACCGGUCCCUGGUGCCAAAAAGUUUGGAGACUGCUAAUGUGAGAUGUGCUUGCAGAUAUAACCACCUCCCUACUCACUGCUGUGUUAGAUGAUGCAUUUCCACUGAGUGAAUCUGCAGAAUUGUCUGUGGCUUUUGUAUAGAAUGGGGAAAUAUUGUUUUUUCUGUAAAGGCCAUACCCAGCAAUGCAUCCAUGAAGCUAUAGUCUGGAAGGGGAUGGGUGGGUUGCACUAUGAUUGCACUUGGAAGUUCAGGAUGGGAUUAUUUCAUUGGCCAAUUUUGAAUUUAGGCAUGCCUGAAUAUGCUUCACUAAAGAAAGGAAGACUACAAAAACUAAAACGGUUCCCUGAUACAGUUUUUUAUAUAUUUUUAUAUUAUUUUCAAAGCUGUUUAUUGUAAGACAUUCAUUUUGGUUGGUUUUGUGGCCUCAAAGCAUCUAGAGAUAUUUGUAGAAUACAUGUGGCCAUGCUUAACAUGACACAUUAAGUAUAUAUUGCUGACUUCUAAAAGUAUAAACUAAUAUUCAAAUUCAAUUCUGUGCCCCAUGAGAAUGUUCUGCGUUAAAAAUAGGUAGCUUUUUUUACUUUUGGUUAUUGAAAAACACUAAGGUCAAAUAUUGUGGAUCCAGUUUUCUAUCAUGUUAUUUUUUUCCAAUUGUUUAGUGCUCAGUGGAGACAACUAUUGAAUCAUGCUAUUGUUUAUGAUUUAUAGCAUGGAUAGCAAUAAGAUGUCCCCUGUAAAAACUUUCUUAGGUUUUGAUUCCAAGUCAUCUCAGCUUCACAAUUGGAAAUACAUCAAAGUAAGACUUGAAGUGGCAUGAAAUUGUAAAAAUAUUAUGUUAUCAUUUUGAGAACUGAAAGCAAAAUAAGCACAGUUAUUUUUUGCAGAUAAUCAUAAGUAUUAUUCUGAUAACUUCAAAUGUUAGUAUUUUUUCAUAUUUCUGUAGCUGAAUUUUUACUAGAGCAACUUACUGAUCAGUUGCAAGGGAAUCAGAAAUUGUACCCAUUUAAGCUUAGAUGGCAUACAUUCAGUUUGCAUAGUCAGUUAUUUUAACUGAGAUAUUUAAAUACGUGUUGAACAAAAAGUCCUAUAAAUACUCCACCUUCAACACAAUUUGUUAGACUAGUGAUUGCAAACCUUUUCUGUGUGAAUCAGUUCAUUGUUAUCACUAUUAUCACUGUUGCCACCACCAAAAGCUUUAAACAUGUAAAAAUAUUGUGCAAUUGUGGUAAUCCCAUCUGAAAUUUUAUAAGAUUUUGGAGGAGGAAACAAAAAUGUAAGAUUAGCUGAUUUCCUGAGGUUUUGGGCAUUCCAAAACAUAGGUAUUCCUUGCUUGAGGCUACAGUCAUUGAGCGAGACAUCAUGUGACCACAACUUAUGAUUUUACUUCCCCUUCUCUAUUUAACUGUUGCAAACCAGUUGUGAAGCAUACAUAUGGCAAACUUGUGCCUGCAGGACACUGCAACAGUUGUAAAUACACACUGGUUGCAAAGCACCUGAAUCCUGUUGUAAAUAUAAGGAUUGGUCACAAGUCAAUUUUUUAACACUGUCAUUUUUUAACUUUGAAUGGUUGUUAAAUGAGGCCAUUGGUAAGCGAGGACUACCUGCUUCCAAUCUUAGCUUGCUGUUUGUUUUGUGUCCCCGCUGGAGAUUUGUAGGAGCUAUAUAGAUUAGUAAUGAUCUCUAUGUUGGAAAGGAUUCCUUAGCUAAUUUGAGUGAAACUGCGCUAGGAUUUCAGAGGAGGUCAGGAAUGGCUAAAUGCACAAUGCCUGGCUGGGUUUUGCUUAUAGUAGAGUCCGAAGAAAGCUGGGGUUUACUCCCCCAAUUCUCCACUCCAUUAAAAUUACUUCUGUGGCACAAAAGAAUUACCAGCUGACUCCCAAAAGUCCAAUUACAGCAGUCAGUUCUGAUCCCAUUUUUUAAAUAGUAGUUCAAGAAACAGAUUAAGGAGGUAUAUCAAGCUCAGAGAACACCAAGGACCCCACAGUUCAACUCUGAGCUACAAAUAUUUUCUUCUGUCAGAAGUAGGUGUAGCUUUUCACCCCCUCGAGUGGAAUGUUCUCACCUGGUGAUGGGCAACAUUUUCAAUUGUCAAUUUUAUUAAUGUUCAGCUCCAGGAGCAUAUUCCAAAGUUGGUACCUAGGAGAGGACCACUUUUUGUGUUGCAUUAUAUGCAGCCUUGCAUUUAACUUCCUGGAUAGGUAAGCUACCAAUGGUGAUACAAAAUAUAGACCCCAUUUUGUUUUUAAAAAUGCUCAAGACUACUACUCAUAAUUGAAAUCCAAGAUGCAAUUUUUUUCAAGACAAGUUAAAAUGAAUCAAAAAUAAAAUUCUGUUGCAGAAAUGAUCAAAUGUGAGGAUUUUGGCAGAUUUGGAAUGUAUUUAAAAGAAAUCAGACAAAACAAUUACCUACCACACCUAAGUGUUUGCAGGACUGGAUUAGUGGGAGGGGUCCAGACAGCCAGGAUGCUACCUGUGUAUUUAAAAAGAAUGCGCUUUGCCUAACCUUCAGCUGAAUGUAUUAUGCAAUCAUAUUCUAUGUAUGAAAACCUUUAAAAUGUCUUCAGAGAAGACUAGAGUCUUUAAAUCAAUCAUAGCUCUAUUAUAUUAAAUGUGAGCAUAAAAUAUAAGUAUAUAUUAAAAAUACAUAUAUUUAAAUCUAAAUGGCUUUAUAUAUGGUGGGUAAGUUUGGUUACUGUGAAUUGUGUGGCUUUGUCUAGGAGUUAUUUCCCCUGUUUUGAUUCUUUAGAUUAAAAAAAGUAGAAGUAUAGAAUUACUAUUAAUUUGAUUCCUGGAGUAAAAUGUUAAACAUGUUUUAUGUAAAACAUGUAAAAAAAUGUUUUGUAUAAAAUGCUUAGAUUUUUUUUUUAGAAAGAUGCUGCAUUAUGAAUAUUUCUAUUGAAAACUACUCUACAAAGAAGCUUUAUAGUUCCUGUCAUAUAAAUUAAUUCCACUUUAACAACUAGAGAAGUUACAUUUUCCUGGACCUAUAUUAAAAGAUUAAAAUAAAAUGAAUAGAGCAACCUUGCUGCACUUAAACAUGCUACAGAAAGCUCAGUUUUAUUAUAUAUUGACUUUGUUAUUUUCCCUUUGUUAACAAUAGAAAAUUAUUAUAUUGUUGAUUGGACAGUGAAGCUCCUUUCUCAAUCCUUCAGAUGUGUUUGAAUGUUUCCUACAAUGUUCAGCCUGGAUGUGUUGACUGGGAACUCUGGGAGUUGUAGUUCCACCUGGAGGCAAUCAGUUAAUAGUAGAUUAUUUAGUCCAGUAAAUUGUUGUAUAUUUCAGUUGAAUUAUAGAAGUCCUGAUAUUAGUAAUAUUGAAGAAGGGAGCAACUACUGUUAUAAACCAGACACCAAAUAAGAAAGAAUAUUUUUAGCGGAUAAGUGUGCUACAAGCAAGUAACUUUUUUCACAGUCAUUGAAGUCUGUUUUGUUUUUUUACAGCUAUAAACUUUGCAUUAUGAUGCCAUUCACUAUUUACUAAAAGUUUGGGGUUUUUUUUUAUGAUGGUGGUUCUUGUAUACUGUUUAAUGCUGCCUAGAAGUGCUUCUUGUGAAUAUAUUGUGUCACACUAACACAUUUUAAAACUUGGUUUUAAAGAUUUAUGGUAUGGUAUUUUGCAGGAAUUUUGUCAGAACAUUUGUGGAUAAUCCACUAUAACCCUUGUAAUAUCUGUUGGCAGACAUCAAAUUGAUCCUUUUUAACAAUGAUGUCAACUUUUUAAAUUUGAUUAAUGUGUAUACCAGGGGUUGGCAACCCGUGGCUCUGCAGCCGCAUGUGGCUCUUUCAUCCCUCUGCUGCGACUCCCUAUUGCUGAUUGGCUCCACAAUUGAUAGGGUUUUCAGUUAGGACAGGUAAAGGAAAAAGGAUGCGGUGCUAGGUGGAGACUCUAUGGUGAGGGAACCAACUUCCGGUCAGCAGAGGAAAAAGGAUGCCAUGCUAAGAGGAGACUAUGAUGGGGGACUUCCUGUUGGCUCCAGAAUUGAAUGGGGGCUUCGAUUUAGGACCUUUGUGGCUCUUUGAGUGUUUAAGGUUGCCGACUCCUGGUGUGUACCAAUUUGCCAGGAUCAUGGCUAGGUUGAACCAACAACACACACACAGAGAGUAUAUAUGUGUUUUUAAAAAUAAAUAAAAUAUUUGAAUUUUUUAAAAAAGGGUUGUUUUAAUCCAGCCCAACCUUGUGUUAAUUCAAAAUUUGUCAAAUGGCUCAAAAAUAUUAUCUUUAUUCACAAUUUGACAAAAUUCUUCUGAUGCCUCCAAUAAAAGUAUCACCCCAAGCAACCUCUGCCUUGAGGAGUGAAAGCAAAAAUUAGACUCCUUAUUCAUACCUUUAAAAAAAAACAAAAACCUUAAAUAUCAUACGUUCUAUAUUGCUGGCUUUCUCAUCCAGAUAUACUUAUAAAUAUUUGCUUGCCUUAUCAUCCGAUCAUAUAUUUUUUAUAAAGCUUGCCAAUAGCGGAACUACUAAAAUAAGAUAAGAUGAAAAAAAAAAGACUGUGUGUUGUAAACUUUAUUUUGGCAAUGUAUAAACUUCACUCUCGUUUUGCUUGUUAUGUUGAUAAUACCUGUCUAAUCAAAGCGCUCGCUUGUUCAAAUAUUUUCACAUUGGGCAGCUGUUAAGUUGACUGUCAGCAUGCCGUGCAUUGUGUAGAACUGGCACUACAUUCUGCAGAUUUUUUUUAAAAAAAGGUUAUAUGUUCUACCUUAUCCGCCCCUUAAUGGUCUCUGUCUGUAUGCGUGUGUCUUUGUCUUUUCUAUGAUGUAGAUCUACCUCAGGCUUCAAAAGAAAACUCUUGCUGAUUGUAAGUGCAAUUCAGCGGGCCCUGCUGCUGUUGAAUGCCCCCUCCCAUUUCAAAGGGGCAUUGGGGGUCUUGGCCUGCCAAGCUCAUUAGAAUAAAUGGACGAUAAACAGCGGUGGCCCACGCUGGUUUGCACCCCCUGUGAGUAGAGUAUUUUUAAUGAGGCAAUUGUUCUGUUUUGUUUGUCCGACCUGGGGUGUUCAUGAAGCAACUGAUUCACGGUUUGGAGUCAACCAUUUCCAAACAUAAAUACUUUAACCUUUAAAGAAAAGAAAAGGAAAAAAAACCCUGGGUUUUGGGGGAUUUUUUUAGCCAGUGAGUCUGAAAAAUAUGCCUUUUAAAUCCCUGUGGCCAGUUUGAACACCUCCUAUGUGUAUGUGCCUAGUUUAUUCCCCAGUCCAGGAAAAACAAAACAAGAAACAAAAACACUCCUUUGUGCAUUUGAUAAGUUGUACAGUUUUGAUAAAAACCGUGUAAUGUUACCUUGUGUUCUCCGUGCUUAAUAAAGAUAUCUCCAUUAUUAAUAAAA